GAUCAUGUCACGUCCAUACUCGUCGUCGUCUGGUCUCCCUACCGAAGUAUUAUUUAUACGGUGCUACGCACCAUGUGUCCUGCCGUUCAUGUCGGCGACACCAAGAGCUACCUGCCAGAUCUGCCCACUGCUCAUCUCAUUAAACACUUAUCUACCUGAAUGAUAGGAUUGCUUUUUCCAAUAAUACAUUUAUGAGGGAUCUUUGAUUCUUACUGUUUCUAUAUCCAUUAUACGUCGUCACCGCCACGUGAUAUAUUCCACCAUGGCAAUUCAAAAUGAGCAGCAGACGCAGAGUAAAGAUGACAAGCGCGAAGAGUACCGGCAUAUCGAACACGCUCGACCCAUUACAGGCAAGAUACAUUCGUAUCCAGCAGACAGAAUGAGCCUCGACAAGCCCGACGUCGUCCAUGCGGACAAGGUUGACGGCGAUAUCGAACACAGUGCAUGGGAGUCCGACGAUACUUCUAUCGACUCCCUACCAACAAGCAAGUUCGUCUGGCUGGUGGCUCUAACAGCGUCUAUUGCUGGGUCAUUGUUUGGAUAUGAUACUGGAAUUAUAUCUGCCGUCCUCGUGUAUCUGGGUAACGAUCUCAACAACCGGCCUGUGUCUAGCAGCGAAAAGGAGUUGAUCACCUCACUAUGCUCAGGAGGUGCUUUUGUGGGAGCCAUUAUCGCCGGCCUCACGGCAGACAGGUACGGCCGCAAGGUGGCAAUCUAUAUCGGCUGUGGUCUGUUCACCAUUGGUGCCGUUUUGCAAGCUGCAUCGUUCACCAUCGCGCAGAUGUCCGUGGGACGUCUUGUGAUCGGAUUCGGUGUCGGUUCCGCAGCCAUGGUCGUGCCCCUCUACAUCGCAGAGAUCGCUCCGACCAAGGUGCGAGGCCGUCUUAUCGGACUGAACAAUAUGUCUAUCACAGGAGGUCAGGUGGUCUCCUAUGCCAUUGGGGCAGCCUUUGCCAAUGUGCCUAAUGGCUGGAGAUAUAUGGUGGGCCUAGCAGCUGUCCCUGCUAUUACGCUUGCGGUUCUGCUGCCGUUCUGUCCGGAAUCACCUCGUCAUCUCAUCUACCAUGGCAAGGUAGACCAGGCCAGGGUGGUGCUCCAGAAGAUCUACAAGGGCGCCACCGACGAGCAGGUUGCUAGCAAGGUGACCUCAAUCAUGAUCGCCUGUGAUGAAGCCAAGGAGGUGAAUGAAGGUGAAAGCCGGUGGUCUAAGAUCAAGCAGAUGCACACCAACCCAGCCAACCUCCGCGCCCUGCUCAGUGCCACCGGCCUGAUGGUCAUCUCUCAGCUGUCCGGUUUCAACAGCUUGAUGUACUACUCUGGAACAUUGUUCGGGCUGGUCGGGUUCAAUAACCCCGUCGCAGUGGGAAUUGUAGUCGCUGGAGUCAACUUUAUAAUGACUUGGGUCAACAUGGUGAUCGUCGACCGUGUCGGACGCCGUCGUAUCAUGCUAUGCACUGUCUGGGCUAUGUCCGCCUCACUGAUCGCAAUUGCCAUCGCAUUCCUCUACAUCCCAGUCAACCUCGAUACACUGGCUGUCGAAUCAACCAAGAUCCCUCCAGCAGCUAUUGCCGUCCUCGUCUUCAUCAUCUUCUUCGUCGUGUUUUACGGUGUGUCCGUCGGGAACAUUGCCUGGAUGAGCACCGACUUCUUCCCACUGGAAGUCCGCGCUAUGGGAACAAUGUGGAUAGCUUGCUCUUCCUGGGGCAGCAACGUGAUCAUUUCCAGCACGUUCCUCUCGAUGAUGAAGGCCUGGACGCCGUCCGGUGCCUUUGGCUUCUACGCCGGUAUCUGUGGUGUCGGUUGGAUCUUGAUCAUCUUCUUCUACCCUGAAGUCUCGGGCUUGACUCUCGAGGAGAUCAAGGAGGUCUUCAACCACGGAUUCGGCGUUCCGUACGCUUUUAAGCUCCGCAAGGAGCGCAAGGACAUUAUCAAGGAGCGACUAAAGAACAACAAGACCGUUGCUGUGGCCCACUAGCCCAUGCAACAGCAACUGCCCGGUUCCUGGGGCACAGAUGAUCCACUUGCUUCUAUUUUAUAGACGCGUGGAAUGAUCAUGAUACCUUGACUUAUAUAACUAUGAACUUACUAGUUUCAUUCU